GAAUUGUUUGAAUUGUUUGAGUUCAAAGAAAAAAAAAGAAAAAACCAAAUGGCAACCAAAGAUAAUUUACGUACAAGAUUUGAUUAUAAUCAAAGUAAAUCGAAUGAAAUGUUGAUGAAAAAACGUAAAGAAUUGGAACGUUUUAUGAAUCGUAAAGAAAAACACAAUAAACAUGUUAAUAAUGAAUCGUGUUAUCGUUUUGUUCGUAAUACAAUAACUGUUUUGGUUGUAAUAUUGGCAAUAAUUUAUACGUGGUUUACACAUUAUCCUGAACCGGCAAUAUCACCAUUUUUGCAUGGCUGGCAAGAGAUGGGCAAACAAUUUAUUUAUCGAUCACAAUAUGAUAUUUUCUAUAUUGAUAAAAUGACCAAUAAAACCAAUGGUCCAACAUUGUUAUAUCUACAUGGAUUUCCUACAUCCAAUGUUGAUAUGUAUAAAAUUCUUCCACAAUUAACAAAUCAUUUUGGUCGUAUAAUUGCACCAGAUUUUAUUGGAUUCGGUUUCAGUAGUAAACCAAAAUCCUAUCAAUAUUCAAUAAAAGAUCAAGCUGAAUUAAUACAAUCAUUAUUGGAUCAUCUCAAUAUUGAUAAUGUUCAUAUUUUAUCACAUGAUUAUGGUGAUUCAGUUGCACAGCAUUUAUUAUCAUUAAACAAAAAAAAAUCACUUAAAUUUCAAAUCAAUUCUGUUUGUAUGAUGAAUGGCGGUAUAUUUCCAUCACAUCAUCGUCCAGUUUUAUUUCAACGAAUAUUACGUAUGCCAAUCAUUGGCAGUGUGGCAAGUCGUCUUUUAAAUCGUUAUCUUUUUUAUAUUGCUAUAACUAAAGUGUUUGGCCAUAAAAAUCCACCAACAAUACCAGAAUUAUAUGAUAUGUGGAAAUUAAUCCGAUUGAAUGAUGGUUAUCUUGUUCUUGGCCCAUUGCUUUCAUAUAUUGAUGAACGUUUUGAAAAUGAAAAUGAAUGGAUUGAUGCUAUUAGUGAUUCACGACCAGUUCCAUUACAUUUCAUAUAUGGGCCAGCUGAUCCUGUGAAUCCACCGCCAUUUGAUGAAUUCUAUAGGAAUAUUAUUAAUCAACCAAACAUUAAAGUUUUAGACACAAAUAUUGGCCAUUAUCCACAAAUGGAAGCACCAGAUGACGUGAUUGAAUCAUAUGUUGAAUUUUUGAACAAAAAUAAUUUUCUUUGAUCCACAGAGAGAGCUUUCUUUUGAUAAAAUCAGUCUGUUUUCAAUGUUGUUAAAUAUAUUACAUUUACACCAGUUUUUUUUACUACAAAAAUGAUGAAUCAAUAAUAUUCCAGUUUAUUUUCUUGAUAAUAAUAAUAAUAAAAAA